AGUUCAGAUUUAUGGCCCAAAUGUAAAGAUCUAGCUUUUAAGCAAGUAUCAGUUCUUGCGAAGCAGCUGAGCCCGUUUGUGUUAAGUGUUCUUUUGAAGUUCAGAGAAGCCACGUUUCACCCAUGUUUGGUCGGAGCACCCCGGAAAUGAAAGUGGCUAAGGUAAUCUUACUUGGAGCAGACAACGCUGGAAAAACAACUCUCAUUAUUCGAUGGAACGCUGGAAACUUUGAAAAAAACACCUACACUACUAUCGGAGCGGCCUAUACAGCGAAAAUGGUCUCAUUCUCAGAAGAGGAAAAAAUCCAACUGAACGUAUGGGACACCUCUGGAGCCGAGCGGUUUGAUUCCUUGACUAAGCUUUACUACCGAGAUGCUCAGGUAGCUAUCCUAUGCUACGAGACAGUAUCCUUGCAGUCAUUCGACCGAGCCAUGUUCUGGGCGGACAGAUUGAGGCAGAAUGAACCCUCCUGCAGAGUAUUUCUAGUCGCCACUAAAAUAGAUUUACUUGAAUGUGACGGAAUCGUUGAAGAGGUAUCUGAGCAAGAAGCCCUAACUUUUAAACAGAAGAUAGGGGCGAGAGGACCGUACAGAAUAAGCAGCAAGACUGGGGAGGGAAUACCAGAACUGUUCGACGCAAUAGCACUUCACUGCUUAACAGGGACAUGUCCCCCAAGCACGGUUAGACUCAGUUCCAUAUCUCUUCAUGACGAGGACAAGGAGGACGAGUGCUUUAGUUGCAAUGACUGAUCCUGCCGAGGAGGGGGCUGCGAAACUAGCUGUUUCUUUAGCCGUGUUUUUGUUAUGAUUGUUCAGUUGAGAUGUUUAAAUGUUCAC